GAGAGUUGGCAUUUGGUUUAGUCCUCUCCUGGGUGCAGCCAUAAAGGACGUCAAGCAUCCCCAAGAACUGGUCCGUUGAAGAGUUCUUUGAAGGUUCUCCCAUGUCAGGGUAGUUGGUGUCUCGGCCGGGGUUACCUGCAUACGCGGGCACAUAUUUAUCACGGGGAAGCGACGAGCUGCAAAGGGGAAGAAGGAAGAAUUCACGAGCAAGUCCAAGGAGACAACAUGGGAGGUGACCCGGGGAAGCUCAUGAAGAGCUUGAAGGGUGCAGGUCAGAAGUACCUUGGCGUGGGGUUCUUGCUCGGCUUCUUCCUGGUGCUCCUCACGUACUUCACCGUCUCCGAGCAGUUUGCGAUCUCGGCGCCCAACGCUAUUCGGAGGUCAUCGCCGGGGCACGCGCACCCCUCGCCGGCCACCUCGGCCGUGGGAGAGAAGAGGCAGCAGGUCCCCGUCAUAGAGGAGAAGCCACCCAAGGCGGAGCAUGCAGCAGAAGUGAAGCCCCCACCCGUUGAAGAGCCCCACGUUGAAACAGAGGAGGACCAGAAGCCUAUUAUCGCUGAUGCUAGUACUGCCAUUGGUGGCGAUGGCAGCGCAGAGGAGAGCGCUCCGGCCAAGAAGCCGGCGUGCGACAUCCAGGGACCGUGGGUCUCCGACGUCUGCGAAAUCGACGGCGACGUGCGCAUCCACGGCUCGGCGCAUUCCGUCCUCAUCCCGCCGUCCAUCGAAAGCGGCGGCAACCCGAACCCGCAGGAGUGGCGCAUCCUGCCCUACUCCCGGAAGCACAUGGCCAACCUCAACGAGGUCACGGUGCGGGAGCUGUCCUCGUUAGCUGACGCGCCGGCGUGCGAGGUCCGGUCGCCCGUCCCGGCGAUGGUGUUCGCCAUGGGCGGCCUCACGGGCAACUACUGGCACGACUUCAGCGACAUCAUGAUCCCGCUGUACCUCCGGGCGGCGCGGUUCAACGGCGAGGUGCAGCUCGUCGUGGAGAACAUCCAGCCAUGGUACGUCGGCAAGUACCGGACCAUCCUGCGACGGCUGUCGCGGUACGAGAUCGUGGACAUGGACAAGGACGACCGGGUGCGGUGCUUCCCGGGCGCGGUGGUGGGGAUCCGCAUGCACAAGGAGUUCAGCAUAGACCCGGCGCGCGAGCCCGUCGGACACUCCAUGCCGGAGUUCACCAAGUUCCUCCGCGAGACCUUCUCCCUCCCGCGCGACGUGCCGGUGAAGCUCACAGGCGCCGACGGAGAGGACAAUGAGAAGGUGAAGCCUCGGUUGAUGAUCAUCUCGCGGCGCCACCCGCGGAAGCUGAUGAACGUGGCGGACGUGGUGGCGCUGGCGGAGCGUGUCGGGUUCGAGGUGGUGAUCGGCGACCCACCGUUCAACGUGGACGUGGGCGAGUUCGCCAAGGAUGUGAACGCCGCGGACGUGCUGAUGGGCGUGCACGGCGCGGGGCUGACCAACUCGAUGUUCCUGCCAACGGGAGCGGUGUUCAUCCAGGUGGUGCCGUACGGCAAGAUGGAGCACAUCGGGGAGGUGGACUUCGGCGUCCCGGCGGUGGACAUGCGGCUCAAGUACAUCGCCUACUCCGCCGGCAUGGAGGAGAGCACGCUGGUGGAUACGCUUGGCCGCGACCACCCGGCGGUGAAGGACCCGGAGUCCAUCCACCGGAGCGGGUGGGGGAAGGUGGCCGAGUACUACCUCGGCACGCAGGACAUCAGGCUCGACCUCGCGCGAUUCGAGCUUGUGCUCCGCAAGGCCAUGCAGCUCCUCAAGGAGUAACCAGAGAGCAGCAGCUGCAUGUACAGCUAUUUUCACUUGAUUAGCUACUAGUUUCGUCUUUCCUGCUUGAAAUUCACAAUUCUUUUCCCCAAUUUUUAUGUUCUUUUAAAAGAAAAGAUAAAUCAAAGGUUUACAUGUUUUUAAUCAUCCUUCUUUGUACGUACUGCAUUCGAUUGAGUGGAAAAGCACAUGAGCUGAGCUGACUAUGCACAAGACAAGAUUCACAUUGCAUCUGCA